AAAUGCGUGUGACCAAUCCCAAGCCAGAGCGCCAAAUCUUGUCAUAGAAUCAAAAACAUGGCGGAACAGCAAGACGUCGAAAUUAGCUUCAGAAAGGACACGGUCGGCAAACUGUUGUGUAGUUUCUUCAGGGAGGACAAAACCAGACUUAGCGGCGAUGCUGCGCUGCUCAUGGCAGAGAUGCUGAACGUGUUCGUCCAAGAGGCUGCACUGAGAUCACAGAAACAAGCUGAAUCCGAGGACUGUGACCGAGUAGACAUCGAGCACUUUGAGAAGGUCCUUCCUCAGCUGCUGCUGGACUUUUAGCACAGCUUCAACACAAGAUGGCGCCAGAGAGCUGUCUGCUCGUCCCUACGUGAGACCUACUACCUCGGUUCUUAACGCACGUUGAUUCGAGCUGAUGUUUAUUUUUUUUCCCGUUUAACUGCAGUUUAAUUAUCACCCAGAUGUAAGAUUCACGUUGUGUAUUUAUUCAAGUCGUGGGAUUUAAGUAGAAAGCAGCAGCGGUGCUGUUCGCACGCCUCCGUGCCACCACCAACACGGCCCACCUGUGCUCCUCUUUGCAACAACAGGUGCUUCCAGUAUGCUCCAUGGCUCCCUUCAUCAAAGCCUCCUGGAGCAGUUGGAAGCAAUUAGAGUAAUAAGGGGAGCAGCCAGUCCCUUAGAUGAUGACAAGUGCUAGGAAAAAAGGAGUACCCCCUCCGGCCACUUUGAAGUUCCCUUUUGCUGUCCUGCGAUGUUUAGUUAGAGGUGGGGGGGGGCAAAGGGGACCUCUGGCACAUGGGGAAAGUUGAAUGGGAGUGUGUGUGUGCACGAAGGGCGUGCAUGUGUUAGCUAAACAUGACCAGGGACCACACGCAUAGAUGCUCUGUUUGAAAGGACGCAAAACAAAACACAUUGGAACAUGGUCCAAGAAGAGCGGGGUGUAAUUCUGAAGGUAAAUAAACAGAAGGGGUGAGUAGCAGAGGUGCUUUCUCCCCUUUCAUCACGGCAUAUGAGGAAGUUGAGCAAGGUUAAUGCAGGGUGUUUUAACCCAAGUGCCUCUGAUGGGUCUCCAGCGGUGGUGUGUUUGACCAACGUGUCUUCAGAGUGAGUCAGCAUCGCUGUACAACACCUCACACUGUUUAUUUGUGUGGCUCGUUGCGAGUACAAAUGCUGCUCACGUACAGCUGGAAGCAACUUAGAGCGAAGUCAAGAGUCCAGGCUCAGGUGGCUGCUCAAGGACGCAGCGCUUGGAAUUUGACCUUUUUUUUUUUUUUUUUUUUUUUUUUUUGUAGGGCACGUUUUAGCAGUGUCCAGACUGGAUUUCUGUUUCACAGGAGUAAAUUUCACAGCAGGCCAUAAGUGAAAGGCCUUUCAGUUUAAUGGGCCACAUAAGGAAGAAACCUAAUGAUAGAGAAGCAAAUGGCUCAUUAGGGUAACGAUUAUAAACUUAAAGCAACUCCUGCUCCCUCGUUUUGUAAAGAGGUGUAAACGGCAAAAUUUGUUUCUUUAUUGCGACCAAACUGAUCAGUACAUUUUGUAGCUAUUUUUUUUGAAUAUGGCAUUAGUUUUAUAAACCCUUACUCGGUUUACUAGCGUUAAAAUGAAUCUUUUCCAAUUCCUAAUCACUGUAGAUGAAAUAAAAUUAUUUUCCUUUCUCUCUG